CAGCAAAAACUCAAACUCCUCCUCAGGCGUCAGGCUAAGGCUUUUUUAUUUAAACCCCGAACUAAACGACAACCUAGUUCCUUUUUCAAGCGAGCUUCUAAUAUAUUUUCAUUAGCUCGUGUUGGGCAAGUCUGCAUUCUCACAGAACGGACAACUGUGUCGGAUAUUUCUCUUAGUUAUGCCACAUACAAUCACUUUGAACGGUCCCUCGCCGUGGGGUUUUCGGCUUGUAGGCGGACGGGAUUUUAGCACGCCGUUGACGAUUUCAAGAAUAACGCCUGGGAGUAAGGCUGCUUUGGGGGACCUGUGUCCAGGAGACACCAUCUUGGCCAUCAAUGGGGACAGCACAGAGACUAUGACACAUAUGGAGGCCCAGAACAGGAUUAAAGCCUGCACAGAGGAGCUUGUGUUAGACAUCAGCAGGUCUGAAAACAAAAGAUUGUCUCCAACUGUAAUAGACGACUACAGGACCAAUCUAUACAUCGGAGCCCCAGAAGCUGAGUCUCAGAAUUUCAGACCAAUCAGCAGUGGCUUCAGCCCUGUUCCCAAAACCCUGGCCCCCAAAAGUACCACCUCUUUUGUGCCCAUCAACAAUGGCAAUUCAAGGCCUGUGCCACAGUACAACAACCCUGUUGGCCUUUUCACAAAUAACAAUGGCAGCAGUGCCUUACCCAAACAAAUGGCCAGUCUCAGCCUCAGUUCUUCAAACAGCCCAGAGCCAGCCGUGAAGCACCCUGGUUUUCACAAUGGUUUUGACACAGAGUCUGAUGUCUACAAGAUGCUGCAGGACCAUGAAAACCCAGUGUCUGUACCCAAACAGUCUGGCUCCUUUAAGUAUUUACAGGGAAUACUGGAGGCUGAAAAUGGAGGUACUUCCCAAGUGGACAGACCUGGAGCAAGAGGUGUGCGAUCACCAAUCCGAUCCCCUAUUCUCAGCCCCAUUACCCCUCUUGCUGGCUUACAAAAGCUGCCUCAAUGCACACGCUGUGGUAACGGAAUUGUUGGUACCAUCGUAAAGGCCAGAGACAAGCUUUACCACCCAGAGUGCUUCAUGUGUGAUGAUUGUGGUCUGAACCUCAAGCAGCGGGGAUAUUUCUUCAUCGAGGACAACCUGUAUUGCGAGACCCAUGCCAAAGCCAGAGUGCAGCCCCCUGAGGGCUAUGAUGUAGUGGCUGUCUACCCCAACUCUAAAGUGGAAAUGUUCUGAUUGUCUUGUCACAUAAAGAAGAGGUCCUCAAGCCCAUGAUGAUCUGAUGCCAUGCAGUUUCUAGAACUCAUUAGCAUAUUAUCAGGGUGUUCAUGAACUAGAUUAGGGUUAGGUUUGCUAGAGCAGUAGCAUGGACUGGGCUUGGGAACCACUCAUAUAAAUACACAUACGCACUUACACACUUUAUACACACACACACACACACACACACACACACACACACACUUACAUGUCCGUACAACCUUCCAAUUCGCUUGUCUUAAGCAAUCCAUUCCUGAGAACUGUCUGAGACAAAAAAGAAACAGUUCCACUUUCUCUGAAAAUUGCACCAUAAUUUGUUGUCAUAACAUGUCAUUCGCCUGCUUUGUUUUUCUUAUCUGCUUCAUUCUGAGUAUAUUCAACCAAGAAGAUUUUUUUCUGUAAUAAGACAGUGUACGUCAUGUCAAAAAAACUAAUUGCAGAAGGAACUUUGGCUGUGAGUAAAAUGGAAAAAACAACCCAGAUAUGCCAUAAGAUUUUCAGGUAGUUAUGCUGGUACGUGGAAUCCUGUAUGUGUGGAAAGGCAAGAAAACAUCUGUGCUCCAGCUUUUUUCAAAAGUAGCAGAGGACUGAAAGUUGAAAGAUAUGUUGGCUCAUUUUGUUUGUGCUGUUUUUAUUGGCAGGCCGACCAGAGAUCAGAUAAAAAAUCAGAUGUAAAAGGCUUUUCAGAAUUAAUGUUUGUUUGUUUGCUCUUUAAAUCAUCUGAUUUAUUGUAAACUCACUUACUUUUACUUUGAGUGCUUUACAAAUGAAAUUGUAUGUUUAGCAGUUGAGUUGGUCCUGACAGGAGAUAAAAAACAAGAUAUUUUUUCUUUAGAUGAAAAGCUAAAGACUAAGACUAAUAUACAUGACCGAUGUAGUGGUUUUCUACUGUUUAAUGAAAAUUGUGUGUGCGCAUGUGUCCAUAUAUAUAUAUAUAUAUAUAUAUAUAUAUAUAUAAAAUAAUGCACACAGACACACUUCUCAUUUUGAACUCCUAACACAGUAUAACUUGGCCUUUUCCUGUUAAUAAUGAUGAACUGCUAAUUGAUAGAUGAGUUAUUGCAAAUAUUUAAUUUAUUGUUGUGCCAUCACUGUUUGUUCUGUUUUUUAGUUACUGUGUUUUUAGUAUGAAUAAAUUAGCAGAAUGCCAAAAAAGUAUUUUUAUACAGUAUCAUUUUAUAGCAACCAUCUGUGGAGCGGGAAGCUGGUCCUGGCAGAGCAGCAGGUUGAUAGGUUAUGAUGCCUACCUGUGCACAGUUCUCAUCCUGCCUACUAAUACGUGUCUCUUGCACUCCAUAGGUGUUGAGAGAGGAGCCCCAAGGCGUAAAAGAUAAGCCUGACAGUUAACAGGCUUUAUUUUUGUGUUGGAGAGCUAGAAGCUCUCAAGUGUCAUUUGUUGUUUUAAUAAAGUACAAAACUCUUUGGCUCUA